CGCUGUCCUUCUUCACCUCAACCGGCGCUGUUCGGAAUGUGUGUUGAUUGAAAAUGGCCCUGGGACUGCUACGGGCUUCAUUUCUGCAUAAUGUAUCAAACGUCCGCAGCACGAAUACCGUCUCCAUCCGCCGUGUGCUGACGCAGAAGCUGACGGCGGUUGCCACUGCCCGAGCUACCUACUCCCGACCAGGCCUACGCGGUAAUGGUCGCUGGUCGGUAUCUGCUUUUUCUUCUCGGCGAGAAUUUAAUACUGUUCACAAGUCACAGAAUGCCAGUGCUGCCGCAGCCGCCGCAGCCGGGCUGGACCCGGCCACGUCUCCGGCGUCGGUUGAACAGAUUCGUCUUCGAACGGAAUUUAUGGAAAAUAAUGACAUAAGGGAGUAUUUACGGAAAUGGCAGGAACACCAUUCAAACGCAGUCGAUCCUGUUCGGGGACCGGGAACGUCCAAUGCGUCAUUGGAGCCGUCAAAACCGUGGGUAGGGAACAUGCUGAACGAUAAUCGGGAGACACACGAUGCUGGCAGUGAUGUUCUGCGUCUGACAGAUGCGGAUACCUCGGGCUUCUCGAACGUUGCCGAGGAAGGCGAAGCUGAGGCUGACUACCUGCAACCUGGCGAUCUGGUGGCACUAACAGGGUAAUUUCUCAUUUGGCUACUCUCGCCCUGAACCAUGACUGAUAGUCGCCUGUUUCGCAGUGUCGAUGGUCUGUUGACCCUUGCUAUCUACGUACGAUCCGUUCAGAAACAGCAGCAAUUUUAUUCCGAACGAGGGAAAUGGCGCGUGGCUUUCCCUAAAGAUUUUGACUACGUGGUGAAAGAUUUUGCUCCCGCAAAUUUGGUAGCAUCCCUCCAUCCAUAUUUUCCCGAUACUGCUGCAAAGCUUAGCAAGGAGAUGCAGUCAGCCAUCGAGGGUGGCGUGCCGAGAUCUGCUGGUGGUCAGCUACUGCGACUCAUGUAUGAUUUCAAAGAGAAGGUCGAUGAGUUUUAUAGACAAAAUGCGUUCUGCCUGGAUGAUUUACACAAUGUUGUGGCCGAGGAGGACACAACAACUGAGUAUACGUUGGAGGAACUUGCCUCCAAGGCCUUUGAGAUCGAUGAAGGAGAACUAGACGUGGUCUUGUUUGCUACACACAAGGCUGUCCGCAGGAAUGCUUUUCUAAUUAACAACGAUAAGAGUUCUCUUUUUUCCAACCAUUAUCUUGUGCAGCCCAAGACAGUUACCAAGAUCGCUGAAACCGUCAAUAACUGGGUACAUGAACAUCAGGAAUACCUUCUCCGGACGGCAGCUGGCAAGAGAACUACCCAGUUCAACGACCAUCCAAUGGUUCAAUUCUUGCAAAAAGCCCAGCAGCUCGUUCUGCUCAGUCGAAAAACCCGAUCUCCCACAACAAUGGCCAACGUAGGCCCUACGUCGGUACGAUAUCAACCUGGUCAGGACGGACAGCCGCUGGUGUACCGCGAGGUGCCCGCGGAAAAGUUCAAUGAAAACGACAUGAAGAUUCUAAAAUACCUCCUGCUCUAUUGUAUUCCACCGCGGCAGAUGACAGGCUCGUUGAGGUCGGCUGGAUCGUACAUAAUGCGAGCGACAGGAAUGUACGGCUCAAUGAGUCUCACUGCAGCGUCCAUGCCGCUUUUUCUCCAGGAACUAGGCGUCAUUUCUCCUUGGGAGAAUCUGCAACUACUCGACCAAAAUCUGGGCCUUCCCGGCCACUCUACCUCGGAUCGUUCAGAACGGGCAUGGGAAGAGGAUCUUCGAACUGCUCAAGAGCUCUGUUUCAGUGGAGUUACUGAUACCAUGCAGGAUCUGAGGACUGAUUGGGGUGAUUUGCCGAUUUAUUGUGUUGAUGAUCCCAGUGCCGAAGAAAUCGAUGACGGAAUUUCCUUGGAACGGGUUCCGGGCUCAAAUGACACCUUUUGGGUCCGUGUCCAUAUUGCAAACCCAUCAGCAUUUAUUCCCCUAGAAAGCCCAAUGAUGCAGAAUGCCCUUUCCCGGUGCCAGACUCUCUAUGUCCCAGAGCGUACGUAUCCAAUUCUACCAAGUUCAUUGACACAGAAAUAUUUCAGUUUGGCCUCUGGGCGCCCCACUCUCACCUUCAGUGCGAAAAUGAACCUGAAGGGAGAUGUUCUGGACACAAGCGUUACGAAUGGUAUCGCCAGGAAUGUGAUAUAUAUCACUCAUGACAAGCUACGGAGCAUUUUUGACCCGCAAGCUGAAGAUUCUCCAAAGACCCUUCGAGUCGGAGGGGAUUUCACUGUGGACCAUUCGAAACGUGGCUUACGGGACACUCUUUCUGAGGAUGACCAGGAGACUUUCCGCACGUUGCGCAAACUCAUGCUGGGCUUCCGCGAAUGGAGACAGAAGAAUGGUGCCAUGGAAUGGCCUCAAUUGGCAAACACGUCUGUAUCGGUUUCUUGGGGAAAUAAAACAGUGGAGCCAUACUCUAUGAGUCUGCAUCAGAGCCGUCAUUUCCUGGGCGAUCCGGUCAUUCAGCUCCGGUCACAAGAUAUUGAUCCCCACGAAGUACCUGACCAAAGCAAGCAUAACCUUGUGUCACUGGUAAUGAACCUCGCAUGCUGGGUCGCGGCGAAAUGGUGCGCAGAGCGUAAUAUCCCCACCAUCUACAAUGGAACCUGGUAUCAUCCCGAGUACCCGCAAUUGACCAACAAGAACAUCCAUGAAUACGGCGGAAGCAGCUGGUUGAAUUAUGCGGCGCCGAUGAGCAUCGCUGCAUCUGAGCCUGUUCCCCAUGCUCCGCUUGGACUCGAUGCGUACGUCAAAGCCACUAGUCCACUACGCCGCGACACCGAUCUGGUGGCCCAUUACCAAAUCGAAGCAGCCCUGAGAUUCGAGAAACAAAACGGGCGACGCCUCGACGCUAGCUCCUCAUCUGAUGUCUCCGUGCUCCCCUUAUCCAAGGAUGCAUUGGACACCCACAUCUCCCGCACCCGCUGGAGGCGAUCCAAGAUCCGAGAAUAUGACGCAGGUUCUAAGCAAUUCUGGGCUUGCUUACUCCUCUUCCGCGCCUUCUACUUCGCUGAGUGCGAUCUCCCCGAGACUUUUACCUGUCUCCUCCAUAAACCGUACAGCGAUACUGCGCUGGCCAGCACCGAAUUUGGUGAGGGAUACAUGGGCGUCAUGACCUCGCUCGGGGUGAAGUGUCAGAUUCUCAUUCCCGAGGGAUUUCAUGAUGUUGACAUCCUCAGCGUCGUGAAGGGGAGGAUUCUAUCUGUUGAUUUAUCCCGGAUGCUUGUUAUUAUAGAGGCCACGGAAUUCGUGAAACAUUUUGAACGGGUGGGCGAGUGGAAGUGAACGUGAUUCUGGAUAUUGAAAUUUUGAGGGUGGUUCGGUUCAUGUCUAGGAUCGUCAUCCAUGUAUUAUAUAUGAGUGUAUUCAUGACAACUCUGUAAUAUAGACAUGCACAUAAUGACGGAUAUAUAAGAAGCAUUCGAAGAGUUCGAUAUAUCCACUUUCUGAGUAGUUG